AUGGAGAACUCAGUGGCUUCCUGCGUCCUUUACCCAAGUGACAACCCAAGCGCCUUUGCUAAUGGGGUGCGCAGAGAGGCUGGGGACCAGGUAGAUGCUCUCGAAACUUCUGGAGAGGGCAGCCUGCAGCAGCCAGACACAGACGAGGAAGAUCAGGGGACCGGUAUCAAUGGGAAAGAAGGCACCGAGUCCCUAGCGCAAACACCCUGUAGUUUCAGCUCUUCCCUGUGUUUCAGCUCCGGAGACGAGUCACCACCGCAGUCUUGUGCAACCGCGUCUUCCGCAGCGGAGGACGCAGCAGCCUCCCCGCCGACCUCCCAGAGAGGAAGCCGGGUGGUGAAGAGUCAGUGGGAAAUCUACAGCGCCAGUGCCACGUCUGAAGAGCCCGCGCAGGAGGAGGCGGCGCCGAGGGAGCCCAAGGGAGCGCCUCCGCCGAGCCGCACGGAGAGGGAGGUCGGAGGCGAAAGCUGCGCCUUCAGCAGCGCCCCCAGCAGUGCGACGCCAGGCCGCGGGUCCGCGGAAGAGCCCGACCUGGUGAUCGAGGUGGCCGGCCGCCGCAUCCAGGCGCACAAAGCUGUGCUGGCUGCCAAGAGCGACUACUUUAGAGCGCGCUCGUCGCGGGAGAUCCUGCGUAUCAAGGGGGUGAGCUACGUGGCGCUGCGGCUGCUUGUGGACUACCUGUACUCCGGACGUAUGGGGGACGUGCGGCAGGACAACAUCGCCGAGGUGGUGGCUGGUGCGCGCUUCCUGCAGAUGCCCUGCGCCGUGCAGUGCGCCAUGGACGCCAUGAGGACGCAGAUCACCCUAGCCAACUGCUAUCAGGUCCUGAGCCUGGCCAAGCAGCAGCGGCUCGGGGAGCUCCGGGAAGCCGCCUACCGCUUCAUGAGCGACCACUACCUCGAAGUGCUGCGCGAGCCGUCCGUCUACGGCCGCCUGACCGGCGCCGAGAGAGACCUUAUCCUGCAGCGCAGACUGCAGGGCGGCCGCGGCUGCCUCCUGGCGGCAGAGAUCAAUGACGUCUUCGAGCGUGUAGGGAGCCGGCCGCAGACUCCCUCGGAAGACGAGGACGGCCACAGCGACUCUGUCAUCUACUACUACCAAGAAGCGGACAAAGAGUGGCGGGUCCUGACCCGGCUGCCCGAGGGCGCCAACGCCAAGGGUUGUGCAGUGUGUGUGCUCUACAACUACCUCUUCCUGGCGGGGGGCAUCCUGGAAGGCGGUCCCGAGGGGCGCGCCCGCCUUUCGGACAAAGUGUUCUGCUACAACCCAGUGACCGACAGCUGGAGCACUGUGCGACCCCUGAGCCAGGCUCGCUCGCAGCUCAAGCUGCUGGCCCUAGACGGCUACCUGUACGCUGUUGGCGGCGAGUGCUUGUUCAGCGUGGAGCGCUACGACCCGCGCACCGACCGCUGGACUUCCGUGGCCCCACUGCCCAAGGGCGCUUUCGCCGUGGCCCACGAAGCCACCACCUGCAACGGGGAGAUUUACGUGUCCGGAGGCUCGCUCUUCUACCGUCUUCUCAAAUACGACCCCCGGCGUGACGAGUGGCAAGAGUGCCCGUGCAGUAGCAGCCGCAAGCGGUCGGCCGACAUGGUGGCCCUCAAAGGCUUCAUCUAUCGCUUCGACCUUUGCGGUGGUCGUGGCGACCUCCAGGCUAUGGCUGGUGCCAGCGGAGGGGUCAACGUCUUUCGCUACCACUGCCUGGCCAAGCAGUGGAAUCAGUGUGCCUCGAACCUGCGGCCUCCGGGCGGACUCUCGGGCCUACAACCCUUCCGUUGUGCCGCCCUAGACGGCACUAUCUACUGUGUGAACCGUGCGGGCACUUGGCGCUUUGUCCUCUCUCAGGACGGGGAGCCUGGAGAGGACGGGGACCAAAGGGGCCACUUCGAGCCAGAGUUGCUCAAAGCCCCUUUUGAUGCCCGAGGUGUGCUUUUUCCGUUUGUGCUUACCUUGCCGGAAAAGCCAGACAGGGCCGAGGUCAACUAG